AUGUUUGUACCUCUGUCUGUUUUGACAGGUCGCAAGACCACCGUAGGUAUCGUUAACGAGCCAUUUGCAAAGCUGGUCCCCUUCGGGGUUGAGCGGAUUUUGCGGGUGGUUCCAGGUAUUUGUGGAUCAGAACGUGAUAACGUACAUCUAUAUCUAUCAUGGUAUUGGGACAGAGUAGCUCCGUUGACAGACUGGAGAGUAAGCGGAUCGGUCUUGAGCUCACCUGGAGACUUGUGGCAACACAACCUCUGGGUUGCAGCUCGGCCAGAUGAUUCGUGGCGACAUAUUCCUGUACUCUACGAAGGCCAUUUGGCUUGUGAUCGUUUGAGUAAAACCAUGUUGCGCACAUCUGUAAAUUGUAGAACAAUCUGUAGGAAGAGAAUGUCCCCUGAUGAUGAAAUUCGUUUAACUGGAAUGAUAAUGUAUCAUGACAGAUGGUUCCAAUUGGCAUGA